ACACAACAUAUCCUACCCAUACUGUGCUGGACCCGGAGGGACGUUGUUUUCUCAUACAGUAGCUGGCAGCGCUCCAUAGAUAAUGAAAAUUGACAUUCACAGCCAUAUACUUCCCCAAGAAUGGCCGGAUCUCAAGCAGAAAUACGGCUAUGGUGGAUGGAUCCAGAUGCAACAUACCACCAAGGACGAGGCAAGAAUGAUGAAGGAUGGAAAUGUUUUCCGGGUGGUUCAGUCCAACUGCUGGAAUCCUGAAGUGAGAUUAAAAGAGAUGGAUCAGUCAGGAGUAACAAUGCAGGUGCUCUCAACUGUGCCAGUAAUGUUCAGUUAUUGGGCCAAGCCCCAGGACACCCUGGAUCUGUCUCGGUUCCUCAAUGAUGACUUGGCAGCUGUGGUUCGGAAGUAUCCAGAGAGAUUUGUAGGGCUGGGGACACUCCCUAUGCAGAGUCCAGAGCUGGCAGUAGAGGAGAUGCAUCGCUGUGUAAAAGAACUUGGGUUCCCUGGUGUUCAGAUUGGAUCCCAUAUCAAUCAGUGGGACCUGAAUUCACCUGAACUAUAUCCCAUUUAUGCGGCGGCUGAAGAAUUAAACUGCUCCAUAUUUGUGCACCCCUGGGACAUGCCAACCGAUGGCAGGACGGCAAAGUACUGGCUUCCCUGGCUGGUGGGCAUGCCAGCGGAAACAACCACCGCCAUUUGCAGUAUGAUUAUGGGUGGAAUAUUCGAGAAGUUCUCCAAACUUAAAGUUUGCUUUGCCCAUGGAGGUGGAUCCUUCCCCUUUACCGUAGGUCGCAUUAACCAUGGUUUCAACGUGCGUCCUGAUCUCUGUGCUAUUCACAAUAAGGAACCCCCCGAAAAAUACCUUGGAUCUUUCUACACAGACUCCCUGGUACAUGACCCGAGAGCCCUAGAACUCCUGAUCGAUGUGAUUGGAGAGGAAAAAGUGAUGUUAGGAACUGACUAUCCUUUUCCGUUGGGAGAGCAUAAUCCGGGACACCUUAUUGAAUCAAUGGAAAAUUUUGACAUGAAUUUAAAAGACAAGCUCUUGGCUGCCAAUGCUUUGUCUUUCCUGGGACUGGACAGGACAAACUUCGAGUGACGUCAAGCGACCAGUAAUGUCGAUUUCUUUACAUCCUGCCAUUCCACAUUAUUUGCACACGUUGAAUGGAUUUAUUAAACAAAAGUCUAGGUUCUUCACCAGGUGAAUAAUCGACAAGCGCAGGCGUGGUCCUGGAUGGAAAAUGUCCCGGGGCCAAAGUGUCCCCCCCAUAGAGGAUCACACCUCCAAGGCUCAGUCUACUCCUCUAUUGUGUAAACAGCCUCAGCCAUGAAACUGGAAUUGACAAUGAGUCCAGGACUUUGAUUGGUGGUUUUGUUGAGAACAAAAGACACAUUAGCAAUUGUUUCUUUGCCUGAAAUGAACUUGUAAGCUUUGUGUUAUCUAUCUAAAAGCAGGCUUAUUAUUGUACACACAGAGGAUUCCUCCCUUUGAUUACUUUUAUUGAAAUUUGUUACAUCGCCGUAUUUACAGUCAAUGAUAUCGCUACAGAUUUUUUAUUUUAUUUUUAAAUAAUGAAUUUAUUGUCAUUUUUGUUUCUUUAUCAGCACACAACAAAAUCAGAACACAUGCUGUGUGUUUUAUGUCUAGUUGUGUACUGCCCCAUUUUCCUUGUUCAAGUAUUUUAUUAAAGAUUGUCAUAAAACAUUGAAUAAAGUGUAUAAGAAGUUUGUAAACAAAAUAAA